AUGGGCAUCAGUAGUGGUGCUGGUGGCAUUGCAACCAUCGACAGCUCGACAGCCAGACACUUCGACCUGUCUUCUUCUUAUGAAACGGCAGAAUUUGACGACUCGCACUCUUAUUUGGGGGAGCCGUGGCAGAAUUUGAAGAGAUCCGAACGCUCAAAUUCCGUGCAAUCGUGUUCCAACUCAUCGACUCGUGAAUCGGUGUGGAAAUUGGAUUUCAUGGAACAUGAUCCAGUGCAUGUGAGUCCGCCUAGUGCGUUCGACAUCGCAGUAUCUACCACACCACCUUUGGCGAACUACAACGUACCCAAUUCGAGACCGGCAUUGAGACCCAGUUUUGUCAAGGCAAACUCCUACUCAGAAGGUGUAAAUGAUUUUGAUGAAAUGUCACAUUAUCUGUCAUCUAGUGCGUCCUCAGCUCACCCGCAUUUGCAUCAUACAGCAGCAGACUUUAGCCCACAACGCCGUUUGCAAAAUCAUGUCCAAAGUCAUCCGAAACCGCCCCAUGUAUUACAGUCUCGAAAAGCACUGCCGGGCCGCGAAUCUCGGCCUUAUAGCCGUCCGGCUUUACCCUUCGAGCUGGUUGUUCCAUCCAACGAUUGUACUUUACAAGCUCACGCUUACGAAGACCAAAAUAUGCAAGAGUUUCUAUUCGAAGAAUCUCGCUACGGUCAUGGCUACAGCUACGAUGGUGGCCAUGGCUACAACGCAAAAAAUGCACAGACCCAGGAUUAUAAACGUCAUCAUUACCUCAGUUCCCAAAAUCCUGAUCUGGACACCUGUCAACACUGCCAGAAUAACCAGCAUCCUCAUCCUCAUCCUCAUCCUCAUCCUCAUCAUCAUGCUCAUUCUCAUUUUCAUCCUCAUUCUCAUCGUCACCAACAGCAGCAGCAUCAGUUGCACCAUAGCCAGUACCAACAGUACUCUCGCCAUUACCAAAGCCAUGAAGAUGUCUCACAUGCCACUCUUACUCACAACUCUCAAUCGCAGCUUCCCUCUAAUGAAUCAACAGCGUAUGCACCAUGGCAAGUGACUCCAACUAGUAGCCUUUCAGACGUUCCUAGAAUGGACUACUUCGAAGAAAUGCCGGGUCAGUCAAGUUUGGACGCAGAAGGGAAAUUUGAGUCGUUGGCUCUAGAUUCCAGUCCUCCUCCAUCUACACAAUCAAGUAUAAGCUCGGCGUUAUUCGCGGAUACUACAACGACCGUACCAGACAUAACAGGUGGUAAUGACCCAGGAAAUGAAACCAUCAUAAUGCCUGAAAAUGCCGACCUAGAAAAUCGGUUUUACCAGUCGUUCAACAAUUCCGUACAAAGAAGUUCCGGUUCAAAACAUGAAUCUGUGUAUGAACAGCUGAUAAACGAUAAGCCCUUGAUGGAAGCACUUUCGAAACGGGUCAAGCGAGGUUACUACCGGUGCGCUCACUGUCCCAAAAUGUUUUCGAGCCUUCUUGACUAUGCCAAGCAUAUCGACGAAUUCCAGAUUCAACGCGACUACAAAUGCCCAUUCGUGCUAUGCCCUUGGAAAAUCCUGGGUCUACCUCGACGUCCGGAACUUCGUCGUCAUUGUGCAAUCCAGCACAAGAUGGAGAUACCGUUAGAGCUCAAAUCCUUAUUGAAAUUGGGAGACUCAGAUUUUCCCAUAAUGGAGUGUCCCUCGCCCUACUGUGACAAGACAUUUUUCCGCCGCGACUCGUACGCCCGUCAUGUUGCGAUGGUGCAUGACAAGCUAGAUAGUCGUUUUAACAAACGUUUGAACAAAUUGCUGGAGGACUGUCCUUACCCAGUGGGUACUCAAGAACACAUUGAUUACGUCUUGGAAGAGUUGACGAAGACGAAAAGAGGGCUCAAGCCUUGA